CUCCCCGGCGGGCCCAGACGGCGCGCUCGCGGCCCCGAUGCCCCCCUUUCCGCCGGCGGCCAUGGAGGGGACCCCCAGCUCGCUGGAAACCCUGCUGUGGGUCUACCACUUCCACAGCUCCACGGAGGUGGCCCUGCAGCCCCCGCUCCUGUCCUCCCUGGAACUCGCCGUGGCCGCAGCCCACGAGUAUCUGGAGCAGAGUUUCCGGGAGCUCGAGUCCCUCCAGCCGCGGGAGCCGCAGGGGCCGCCCGACCCGAAGCCCACCCUGGGGCUGGUGCUGAGAGAGGCUGCGGCCAGCGUCGUGAGCUUCGGCGCCACCUUGUUCGAGAUCUCAGCCCUGUGGCUGCAGCAGGAGGUGCGGCGACUGGACGGCGACGCCGGCAGCCCGAGCCCGGGCCCGGCCCCAGGCGCCGGGGACCCGGGCGGAGCGCUGGCCCGAGUAGCCCAGGCGGCGGGGCAGGGGGCUCGGCGAGCGGGGGCUGCGGCGGGCGCGGGGGCCCGCCUGGCGCUGCAGGGGGCGUGGCUGUGCCUGUGCGGGCAGGGCCUGCAGGGCUCCGCCUCCCUCCUGCCGCCGUGGGGGCGCCCGCUGGGCCUCGGGGCGGCCGGGGGACGGGUGAGUUCAGGACGGGGAGGGAGGGGGGAGGAGCCGGGGGCGGCAGGGCUGGCGGGGGGCACUGAGCCGGCCCGCCCCCGGCAGAGAUACUCAGGGGACCUCAAGGUGGCGUCCAGCAGCAGCGCGGAGGACGGGGGACCCGAGAACCCGCCGCCGCCCCAGCCCCGCCCCACGCUCGAAUAAAGCCCAGGCGGGCCCGGACGGCCGAGCGGCUCCCUGUGUCUCUUGGCCGUGGCCCCGCCCCAGGCUCGCCUGGCCCCGCCCCGCGGCCCCGCCCGCACACGUGGGUCCCGCGCCGC